CUUCUCUUCUCUUUUAGGAAAGACCUCGAAAAUGGAAAUCAGUUCAAUUUGUUCAUAUCAGAAAUAAAACGAAUCUCCCAUUCGCAAAACCCUAUGUGUCUAUAGAAGAAGAAGAAGAAGAAGAAGAGACAUGCGUAUUGGUCGAAGCUCUGGGCACUAGUGUAUAAUUAAUAUCGAUUGUUUGAAACCGGUGAUGGUUGGAAUCAUGGCUUCGUAUUCAAGAGAAAGGCUUGAAGGUCUCGCGAGUUCCGCCAAAUCAGCCACGGAAUUGCCUCCGAAGUUGCAUCGCUUACGCAAUUUGCGCCGGGAUUUGCGAAAGGACGAAUCCGUUUUUCCCAUCGAGUUGCUUCCUCAUCUUUUCGAUCUUCUCUCCGAUCAGUUCGGUGCUGUUCGCAAGUUUGUCGCCGAGAUACUUGGUGAAAUUGGAUUGAAAUAUGUUGAAUUAUUACCCGAAAUAGUUCCCCUUUUGAUUAAGUCUCUCGAAGACGAGACACCAGCUGUGGCGAGGCAGGUCAUUGCUUGUGGAGCUGAUUUAUUCCGUUCCACCCUCGAAAGAGUGGCAGUUCAGGGUUUGCAUUCUAGUGAGUUGAAUGAUUUUCUUGAAUCUUCGUGGACAUGGAUGAUUAAGGUUAAGGAUGAAAUAUGCUCAGUCGCUUUCAAGCAAGGAAACAGUGGUGUUAAAUUAUGCGCCAUGAAAUUUGUGGAAGCGCUUAUUCUUUUGUAUACACCUCAUGAAGGAAGUGAAGCAGAUUUUAAUAUAACUAUCCUUCGUGGGGGGCAUCCUGUUUUGAAUAUCGGAGACUUGUCGAUUGAGGCCAGCCAGAAAUUGGGUUUACUGCUUGAUCAGCUUAGGCACCCUGCAGCAAAAUCUCUAAAUAGUUCGACGAUUAUUGUUCUCAUUAAUAGUCUUUCAUCAGUUGCAAAGAAACGUCCUGCAUAUUGUGGACGUAUUCUACCUGUUCUACUUAGCUUGGAUCCCCUAAGCUUUCUCAAAGGAGUGCAUGCUGCAGCAGCAAGUCUUGCCUUGAAGACUGUAUUUCUCUCCUACUUGAAAUGUACACAUCCCGCUGCUGCACCGUGGAAGGAUCGGUUGAUCGGUGCUCUUAAAGAGAUAGAAGGUGGAGGUCGGGCAGGCAAAGCUAAAGAUCUUUUUUACAAGACUAACGGAAGCAUUCAAGACAAAGACAGUGCAGAGGAUACCAAGGUAUCAGUGGAAGCGAAUAACCUAUGUGCUAGUUCUGAUGUUGCGGAAAGUAACUUUGGUAGGAAAAGAUCUGGAUCAGAAUACAAUAUUGAUCUAAAUGGAGAUGCUUUGAAUGGAAAACGUGCAAGAAUAACACCUUCUGUGUCAGAAGAAUCUACUGACGGAUUAAAUGGUAAUGAUGGUGGCUCUCUACCUCGGGUUGCUUCUACCUCAACUGGACCGAGUAAUAGCAGAGGAGUGAGUGAUACUGAACCUGUUCAGCAACUAGUUAAUAUGUUUGGAAUCUUGGUUGCUCAGGGUGAAAAAGCAAUUGGAUCUUUGGAGGUUCUUAUUAAAAAUAUUUGUCCGGAUCUGCUUACUGAUGUUGUGAUGGCUAAUAUGCAUAAUAUUCCACCAAAUAGUUCUUCUUAUGCUGAUAGCAGCAAUGAGUUGGUGAUGAAUAUGUGUAUAGUUGAUAGUGAUGCACAAAUCAAAUAUCCCCCAUCAUUUGUAGCGGAUGUCCUUUCACUGUCAACUGCAUUCCCACCAAUUGCUGCCCUGAUAAAUCCUGGCAUACCGAAAACGGAAAAUGAAGAUGAAGAAGUCUUUUCUGUUCAUGUGGACCAGAUGAUGUUUUCAGCUGAAGAUGCAGUUCUUGCAACUGGCUUAUUACCUUCUUCUGAUGCCUCGUUUCCAGAAAAUGAAGAGGACAGUACUGUGUUUCCACCAGACGUGCAUUAUAAAGGGAAUACGGAAAGUGGAAUACCUGGAUUGGAUUCUUCUGCUCAACUUGAUUUAUCAGGAUCCCGUGUUACUUCUGUAUUGAAUUCUAUGAAUGUGGAGGCUGCAACCAAGAAUCAAAAUGCGAGUGGAAAACUUCUUGUCGAUGUAAUUCCUUCAAUGUCUGUGGAUAAGUCUGAUGAAUUUAGUCCAAAGGCGGCUGCCACAGGUUCUACCAGCUUGGUAUUGUCAACUGCAACUUCAGUUGCUUCUGCGCCUCAGUUUGUCCUGCCUAAGAUAUCAGCACCUGUUGUCGACCUUUCUGAUGAAGAGAAAGACAGUUUGCAGAAGCUGGUUUUUUUGCGCAUUGUUGAAGCAUAUAAACAAAUCUCAAUGUCUGGUGGUUCACAACUCCGCUUUUCUCUUCUUGCUCACUUGGGAGUUGAGUUUCCUUCAGAGUUAGACCCUUGGAAAAUACUACAGGAGCAUGUUCUGUCGGAUUAUUUGAAUCAUGAGGGACAUGAGCUGACCGUGCGGGUUCUUUACAGACUAUACGGGGAAGCAGAAGCAGAACAAGAUUUCUUCUCGUCAACUACUGCUGCGUCUGCAUAUGAAAGUUUCUUGCUGACUGUGGCCGAAGCACUUAGAGAUUCUUUUCCACCGUCUGACAAAUCCUUAAGUAAAUUGCUUGGAGAUUCUCCACAUCUGCCCAAAUCAGUUCUGAAGUUGUUGGAAUCAUUUUGCUGUCCUGGAAGUGGUGAACAAGUUGAAAAGGAUUUACAGAAUGGAGACCGUGUUACUCAAGGUCUCAGUACUGUUUGGAGCCUUAUUUUAAUGAGACCUGGAAUCCGAAGUGAUUGCCUGAAGAUUGCGUUGCAGAGUGCUGUUCAUCACUUGGAAGAGAUUCGCAUGAAAGCAAUUCGCCUGGUUGCAAACAAGCUCUACUCUUUAUCAUUCAUUACACGACAGAUUGAAGAAUUUGCAAAGGAUAGGCUGUUUUCCGUCGUAAGUUGCAUUUCUUCAGAGAGUGGAGAUGCUGAAACACGGAUUGAUGAUUAUAAUAAGAAGGAUCUUGAUCUGAAAAGUUCACCAAAUAAACCACAGCCCGUUAUUAGUGGCAUUGAUACGCCUUCGGAAGGAACAUCAUUAACUUCAAUUACUGAAGCUCAACGCUGCCUGUCACUCUAUUUUGCUCUCUGUACAAAGAAGCACUCCCUUUUUGUUCAUGUGUUCAGCAUUUACAAGAAUGCAUUAGAUCCUGUUAAGCAGGCUAUUCAUCUUCAAAUCCCAAUACUAGUUCGUACUAUGGGCUCAUCCUCUGAGCUUCUUAAAAUUAUAGCUGACCCACCAAGUGGGAGUGAGAACCUUCUAAUGCAGGUUCUCCAAACCCUCACUGAGGGGCCCACGCCGUCUUCAGAAUUGAUACUUACUAUAAGAAAGUUGUUUGAUACAAGAAUAAAGGAUGUAGAAAUUCUUUUCCCAAUUUUGCCGUUCCUGCCAAGAGACGAUGUUCUGCGCAUUUUUCCACAUAUGGUGAAUCUUCCCAUGGAGAAAUUCCAAGUUGCACUUUCUCGUGUGCUGCAGGGAUCAUCUCAGUCUGGCCCAGUGCUUUCUCCAUCUGAAAUUUUAAUUGCUAUCCAUAGCAUUGACCCAGCAAGAGAUGGAAUACCUCUUAAACAGGUCACAGAUGCAUGCAAUACCUGUUUUGCACAGAGGCAGACAUUCACUCAACAGGUUUUAGCCGGCGUUCUGAAUCAACUGGUCCAGCAAAUUCCACUGCCAAUGUUAUUCAUGCGUACAGUUUUACAAGCUAUCGGUGCUUUUCCAGCUCUGUCGGACUUCAUCUUGGAGAUCCUUUCUCGUCUUGUUAGCAAACAGAUAUGGAAAUAUCCGAAACUGUGGGUGGGGUUUUUGAAAUGUGCACAGACAACACAGCCUCAGUCAUACAAGGUCUUACUACAGCUUCCUCCACCUCAACUGGGAAAUGCAUUGACUAAAAUCCCAGCAUUAAGAGCUCCACUAACCGCACAUGCCAGCCAGCCAGAGAUUCAGUCUUCACUUCCAAGGUCUACACUGGCUGUUCUUGGACUUGUCCCUGAUUCUCAAGGAACACAAACCAGCCAUGUGCAAGCGAAUGAGACACAAACGAGUCAGGAACAGCAGCAGCAGCAAGCAAGCGAGUCACAGCAAACGAGCCAGUCUGAGCAAGUUUCUGUACCAUUGAGUCCCUCCAAAACAAAUCACCAGGAACCCAGUCAGGUAAUUGGCGGUCAGUCUCAAAGCAGUCCCGGAGGUACGGGGCUGUCUGAAAUGAGUCAGUCUCAGAACAGUCCCAUAGAUACGGGCCGGUGUGAAAUGAGUCAGUCACAAAGCAGUCCAGUUGGGACUGGGCAGUCUGAAAUGGGUCAGAGCCCUCAAGUGUCGGAAUCGAGUGCUCCAGCAGGACCAGCACCAACGAGUCAUACUCGAACAUCAGACUCUCGAGCGUCAAGCCAGACACAUCGUGAUGAUGAUGAAAAGAUAGACGACACAGCAACCUCGGAGAAGGAGGUGACAAAAAGUGAGAAAUCAGAGGAAUCUUCUUCUGAAGCAGAAGAAGAAGAAGAAGAAGAAGAGUAAGUGUAUCAUUGUGUGACAGAUGUUAAUUUCGACUUGAGAGAGAAGAAGAGAUUCUUAGAAAAUUGAGGUUGCUUCUACUUCUCUCUCUCUCGCUCUGUCUCUGUCAGAGAAGAAGAGUGAUUGACUGAUUGAAGCGUAGAUCAAGAAGGGCGGGAGAUCUUCUUCGUUCCAUGUAUUGUAGCAUUUGUUUAUGAAAAUGAAUUUUGUAGAUUAAAUUAGAGAUUUUAUUUAUAUAGAUUGUCAUUAGCGAUUUGUAUUGUUACAUUCAUUAUAUAGUAGUAUUUGUCUUUGAAACAAAUAGGCUUCAAUAAAA